AGAUGACCUUGGGUUUGCUUGUUGAGAACUGUGGGAGAGUGAACUACGGUCCAGGCCUGGACAACCAACGAAAGGGGCUUGUUGGAGAUAUAACUCUGAACGAUGUACCUCUAAAGAAAUUCACCAUGUACUGCUUGGAAAUGAAGCCCAGUUACAUAAACAGACUGGAGUCACUGAAAUGGGUGUCUGUUGGUAAGAAGCCCUCGUACCCAGCGUUUUUUAGAGGAAGACUGGUUGUGGAUGAACCCACAGAUACUUUUGUGAAGCUUCCAAACUGGAGCAAAGGAGUGGUUUUUGUGAACGGGCGAAAUCUUGGACGCCACUGGUCAGUUGGUCCUCAGAAAGGUCUCUAUCUCCCUGGUCCCUGGCUCAGAAGUGGAGAUAAUCAGAUUGUUGUUUUUGAGGAGUUCAAAGCUGAUGAAACAAUCCAUUUAUCUGAAAAUCCAGAAUAUGGCAAGAUAAUCGACGUCUCCAGACAUCCCUUCUGCACCCUCAUGUGAUGAAGUCUUUCAGUUUUACAUUAAAUAUGACUUGAGCACUAUCCAGCACACAUAUAUUUUAUAUGAUGAGACUGAUAACUGUUCAAGUGAUUAAGAGAAGAAAAGAGAGAAAAGACAGAGAUAACCG